GAGGAGCACGGUCGACCCUAUGCGCCCUUUGAAAGUAAGGAGGAUUGGGAACUAUGUUAUUGGUUGAGCAUGGAGGGUAUUUCACAAAAAGGGAUUGAUCGCUUCCGAAAUCUUACAUGGGUGAUGAACCAUCCUCGGCCACCAAGUUGGAAAGAUGCAGUUUCAAUGUACGAACGGGUAAAGACGAUGCCGGGCCCACCUUCAUGGAAAUCCGAUACAGUAACCCUCGAGGAAGCACCCGAUGAGCCACAAACACUCUACUGGCAUGAUCCUGUGGAAUGCACACACUUCCUAUUCCAGAAUCCUGACUUUGAUGGGGAUAUGGCAUAUGCGCUGAAGGAGGAG